AUGCGCACAAGGCACCAAUGGUGCGCUUGCCACGCGCACCUCGCUCGUGGCGCGGUGCGCGGGUCAGUUGCGGUCGCGUUGAGGAAGGUUGAAUCGGGCGCACGCGCCGCCGGGCCUCCGCACUGCGGUUUCGAACGUUCGCUGACCGUACAGCGCGUGUCGGCGCUUCGCCCCUCUUGCCGCGCCCGGCACCCUCGCUUCGCCCGCUUGCACCCUCCUCUCAUGUCCUAU